AUGUUCUACCCACUCAGGGCAUGGUACCACAACCGCUACCGACCACUCGCCCUCUCCACCUCCCCUCUCUCAAUCUUCCCCUCAGACAUCCUUCACGAGAUCCUCUCUCACCUCCCAACAUCCUCCGCCGUCGCAUUUUCAAUCUCCUGCAUGCAUUUCAAACGUCUCCUCGGCAACACAUACAUACCAAAACUAUCCAAAUCACCCACAGAGAAGAUCUCCCUCUUACAUCUCCUCGAGAAAGAACUAGCAAAUCACAUCGUCUGUGAGGUCUGCAAGAAACUCCAUAACCUCAAAGAUGCGGCGCACUUCCUUCUUACUCAUGGACGAUCACCGCUCGAGACCCCAUUAUGUAUUUGGGAUGAAACCCUGAACGAAUUUCACAGUUCCCACAUACGCUAUCGCCCCGGCCUCAUCUUCUCGACAACACUCAUCAAGAUGGCUCGGAAGCCUCAUCUUCUCGACAACACUCAUAAAGAUGGCUCGGAAGCGAUACGUGCACGAUGCUCGGUGUCGCCAGAUCCUGGAUCUCAUGAGCUACGACCUCGCUCCGUCUUCACGUUCUGGUAUUCUGCGGCAGGUGAAGGAGAGAUUUUAUUUCUCGGCCCAGGAUGCAGAUGGGCAUUUCAUCAUGUCUUCUGCGUCGGUGUUGAUUCCUGA